AUGACUAUGGAUAUUGACCAGCCUGGAGAUCUAAAUAUGGACUCUCUGGUCAGCCAGGCUAAAAACCAUGUCCUGGCAAAGUUAACUGGCAAGAAGCUUGGACAAUUAGCCAAUCUAGAAACAGAACAAAAAGAAAUCCAAACUCUGCUGGAAAGCACGAUUGUAUCAAAUGAAGGUAAUUCAUGCCUUCUCAUGGGACCCCGAUCUACAGGUAAAACCACAUUAAUCGAAACGACAAUCAAGAAUCUCAAGAUCAAAUACCCCGAUCAGUUCAUUACUAUUCGACUGUCGGGAUUCGCUCAAUCCGAAGAUAAAAUGGCUCUCCGUGAAAUCACACACCAACUGGAUACCAUUUUGAAUAGCAAAUUGGAUGCUGCUACGCAGCAAGCAGUUGAAGAAGCAAUUGCUGCUGGCGAAUUCACCGGAAUUGAGCAGAAAUCUAUCAGCGAAACACUUCGUGGUCUCCUUGCCUCGUUCGAACACGCUGAUGCCCAGUCCAUGUCAGUGAUCUUUAUUCUUGAGGAAUUCGAUCGAUUCACUGUCCAUCCCCGUCAAACACUCUUAUAUAACCUGCUGGAUCUCAGUCAGACCGCCAAAGUCGGCAUCGCUGUAGUUGGUACCACUGCCCGUAUGAACACCCGAGAAAUGCUCGAAAAGCGGGUCCGAAGUCGAUUCUCUCAACGUCUUUACACCAUCAAACGACCAGGAACUCUCGAAAGUUUCUGGAAUAUCUGCACCACAAACCUUUUCCUUGACGACCAAGCAUUCCCCAGCGACUUCUCUCACGGUUGGAACUCUCAUUUAGAGGUAUGUGUUUUAAGGGGGUCUACCUCUGGCGGCUGGGGCUCCGCCCCAGACCCCGUGGGUGCUCUUGCUUUGCUCGAGUCGUGCGUGGGGGAUCCCGUUGAGUAA